AGAGCGGACCGUCGUCGCUUGCGAGGUUACUAGCUAGCUAACGCUUUCGGUUUUGUGUGACAUUUAUAAAAUACUGUGCAAAUCUAAAAGGGGAAGUGAGAUCUAGUUAUCGUAAACAUAGUUAUUUGACGAACUAGCUGGCUAAAUGAAGUUGUGAUAUUGACGUUUAUUCGUGGGGAUUAGAUUUGACUAGUAAUUUGCAAACUUACAAGUUUGUAGGUUAGGGUGUAUGCUAGCUGCAGAAACAUGUUUUUUUAAAUCGCGAGUUAGGAGUAAACAUUUCAUCCGACAGAGCCAAGUAACAGCUCUUGCUUGGCUUUAAUUAAACAGUUAAACAGGGUAGCUUGUGUGUGGUUGUAUUUAGUUAAUCAACGAGCUAAACAUUUGCUGACAAGCAGUUGCGUGGCUCUGCGUGGAUACAACUGUCAAAUGUCUCUUUUUUUACGCGACUUUCGAUUUGUCACAAUUUAGCAGUUGGGUCGUUUCCUUUUCAUACACUUGUAACAACAGGUUUUCAGAUUAGUAGCUAUGGUUGCCUUUUCAAUUAAAAUGGAAUUCAUGCGAUUGGCAACAUUUACCUCAAGAACACAUUUCUAAAUACCACUCCACUCACUGAACUUCAGCACCCCAUGGAUGCAUGAGAGUGCUUUAGGUCAGGGCAGUGUGGAGGGAGAAGCCACAGGACACCAUUUUGUUCCAGUACGGCCUCCAGAGGUGAGCAUGGAGUGGCUUGUGACAGCCCUGGAGAGGGACCUGGGUGUGGACCGGCGACAGAUGGGCCCAGGUCUGCGGCCUCAGGAGCAGGUGGCUCUUGUUCCAACCCGUUGGGUCCUGGGGCUUCGGGAGAGGAGGGUUACCCGAUGUGCACGCUAUGAGGGCGUGAGUGAGGGAGAGGUGCAUACACUGCUCCAGCGCUCCCAGGUGAAGCUGCCAUCUGGCUGGACCCGGGUUUGCAUUCAAGGCCUGAGGAAAAGCAGACUUGGCUAUCGGCUGUCCAGGGAACCAGGCUGCCAAGGGGAGGGCAUCUCAGAGGAUUCGUUCUUCAGUCUCAUGCAAGGGGUUUCGGAACACAAUUUCAGGAACCUCUGGCGUCAGGCCCAUCGGAUCUAUGUGCAGCCUUAUGCAGGCACCGUGGAGCAGGCCCAAGUACUGGCGCUGGAUGCUGUACGCCAGGCUCUGCAGGCUGUGUUCUGCUGCCCCUUCAUCUCUACCGACCGGGUUUCUCCAUCACUGUCCCCGGCUAGAGAGAAGGAGAAGGAAAACCCUUUCCCGGCCUACACAUCACCUAAGCCUGGCAGAGACCAGCUUUGUCCUAACAUUCUCCCUGCAGAGGGCCUGCUGGAGUCAGGAGAAAUGCUCUAUGUGGUGUUACCUUACAGUCAGUACUCCCUCUAUGACAUUGUCACCUUUAGCCCUGCCAAACUUGCCAACAGCAAUGCCAAAGUUCUGUUCAUCCUGUACCAGCUGCUUACCGCCAUGCAGGCAUGCCAUUCUGUAGGGCUGUCCUGUGGAGAGCUGUCCCUGCAGGAUGUAGCUGUAGAUGAGCAACUCUGCAGCUAUCUCAAAGUCAGCUUAGCACAUUAUGAGGAGCUUGGGGAUGACAGGGAGGCUACGGAGAACGGAGGGGUAGGACACAGGCUAGGAAGAAGCCUAGAAGUGGACAGGGGCGAUGGUGCCAACAAUGGACAGCUCUGCUGGGACUGCUGUGAAGAGCUUAAAUCCCUUGUUUUGGACUGGGUCCAUGGACGAGUCAGCAACUUUCGGUACCUGAUGGAGCUAAACAAGCUAGCCGGGAGACGCGAAGGGGACCCAAACUAUCACCCAGUUCUGCCCUGGGUGGUAGACUUCACUAUACCUUUUGGGAGGUUCCGUGACCUUAGGAGAUCCAAGUUUCGACUGAACAAGGGUGACAAACAACUGGAUUUCACUUAUGAAAUGACAAAAGAGGCUCUAGCUGCAGCAGUGGCUAAUGGGGGCGGGGCAGGGAAUUUUGCAGGAGACAUAGGUGGAGCUAUAGGGACCAGUGGUCCGGGGCAACUGGAUCAUCUUCAUGUGCCACAUCACAUUUCAGAUGUGUUGUCGGACAUUACAUACUAUGUGUACAAAGCCCGGCAGACACCCAAGUCUGUGCUGUGCAGCCAUGUACGAUCGCAGUGGGAGCCCAAUGAGUAUCCAGCCAGCAUGGAACGCAUUCAGAGCUGGACCCCUGAUGAGUGCAUCCCAGAGUUCUACACAGACCCCUCCAUAUUUCGCUCCAUACACCCAGACAUGCCAGACCUAGAUGUGCCUCCAUGGUGUAACUCGUAUGAGGAGUUCAUUGAGGUGCACCGCCGCCUCCUGGAGAGUCGGGAGGUCUCUCAACAGCUACACCACUGGAUUGACCUUACAUUUGGUUAUAAGCUCUCAGGAAAAGAUGCUGUCAAGGCCAAGAAUGUGUGCCUACACCUUGUGGACAACCACACACAUUUGGCCAGCUACGGGGUGGUGCAACUGUUUGACCAGCCCCACCCACCCCGUCUUGCACCAUACCAGUACUCUCCUCUUGACCGUCCUCACCUUAGCUCAGUCACGGUCUGCUCAUCCUCCUGGCCUAACCCUUCACUUGAAACUGUAGUGGAUGGCGUGGACGGAAUGGUCCCGGAAGCGACCGGGUGUGAGUCAAGUGCCUGGACCGUAGUUGAUCGGGACGAGGAGCUGGAGCAAGGCAUGGAAGCCCUGGACUCUUUGAGUGCUGCUUCUGGUACUUCCACUGCAGCCUCCUCCUCUGUCCCACUGCCAUUAUCCAGUGUGGUUGCUGGGAAAGCCCCUACAGAAUCCACAGCUACGACUUUAUCCCAAUCUCCUUCUGUCUUUCCAAUUGACGGGACUGCUAAUGUCACAAAUGUCCUGGGGUCUGGCAUUCGAAGUGCCAUGCUACAAAGAGGCAGCAGUGUGAACAGGAAACAUAAAGAGGGGAUCGCCAACUCUACUAACACUGAGGACUUCAAGAUUAGUCUACCAGAGGGAUUCAGCCCCCUUCAGCCGCUUGAGGAGCUGGAGAGGCUGAAUAACUUCCUUGGGAAAGGACUGCAUGCACAAAUUCAUACUAAAGGUUCUGCAAGUGAAUCUGGACAUUCAGACUUGUCACUGGUAGCCACUCCUUCUCUCGCGAUACUCUUCCAGAGGGAUAUGCAAGCCCUGGGUGUCCUCAUUACUGAGAUCUUUUUCUCCCAUAAACUGCGGCACGUGAAGCCGAGCACCUCCCUGACCGAUCGGUUCCAGGUUGUAAUGAAGUUGUUCUCAGCUAGCUACCAUGAUGUGCCCCUACCCCUACUACCUGCCAUAGAAACCCUACUGCAGGUCCACAAGCACUCUAAAUUGACCAGUACAAACUGGAAGGAGAACAGGCUCCCCAGGCCUCUGCUUUUUGAAUAUGACCCAGUUUUUGAGGGCCUCCCCCCUCCCAGUCCCUGGCAGCUUCUCAGUCCGUUUCUGUCACCACUUCCAUUCCCAACCUACUUCCGUGCUCUUCAUCAGUUCAUCUUCUCCUACCAUGCCAAGAUGGAGUCCAUCAGCACCACCCCAGGCCGUGACAUCAUCUUCCACCUGUGGCGGCAGCUGGAGUAUCUGUUGCAGGGUGAGAUCACGGCAGAGGGACUGGAAAUUCUCCUACCCUUUGUGCUUGCACUCAUGUCAGAAGAGUCCACUGCCGUGUAUGCUGCCUGGUACCUGUUUGAGCCCAUCUCUAGAGUGCUAGGGCCACGCAACACUGCUAAGUAUUUGUUGAAGCCCUUAGUGGGUGUGUAUGAGAGCCCGCGGUGCCUGCGGGGCCGUUUCUACCUCUACACCGACUGCUUUGUGCUGCAGCUCAUCGUGCGACUUGGCCUGCAGGCUUUCUUGUCCAGCCUCUUGCCCCAUGUCUUGCAGAUCCUUACGGGUUUUGAAAGCUGCAGCACUGGGGCUGGGGCUGGGGCUGAGUGGGAGGGAAACAAGGCCCUGAGGAGUGGCAGAGUAGACCUAGGGGAGGAAGAGGAUGAAGACUAUGAAUGUGGAAAAGGAGGGGCAUCCACAGGGUCUAUAAGCGGAAAGGCAGGAGGGGGCAGUGGAGGUGGUGGUGGUGUGGUUGACGCUGGGCUGAUGGAUUACUCUUCAGGGAUCAGCUUGAAUGACCAGGUCUUCCUAUCUGAAGGCGAGGACUUCCAGAAUGGUUUCUACGUCAACAAUGGGUCAGGAGCACCAGGCGGGGUCGGGCUGCAUGGGAAGCCACAUUGCCAGAAUUCUGUGGUGAAGGACCAGGACCAAGAGUCUCUGAGCAUGGGGAAGUUGAGUGACAAGAGUAGUGCCAGCGAGGUCUCUAUCGGAGACACUGACUCUGCCAAGGACCGGACCAGCCUAAAGUCCGCAGACAGCAGUCAGGACCUGAAGCAGGCCAGCGAGGGGGAGGAUGGAGUGGAGCUGGAGGAGGAGGAGGAGGGAGAGGAAGGAAAAGAGAGCACAGUCGGUAGUGUCCCCAGUCUGGAGCUCACCCUUUCAGGCCACACUGAGGAGUCUGACUCCACAGUGGUCACCCUGGAUGGGAAGAUUUUAAGCAGGAUGGAGCUGGAGGAGGCGGAGAAGGACAUGGUGGGAGAAGAGGAUGAUUCAGACCUCACAGAAGACUCUGAGGAGAAAGAGCACAAGAUACUACUGGACACUGUGUGUAAGACGGUCAGAUGGCUUGCCGCAAAGCUUGGGCCCACUGUGACAUCUCGUUAUGUUGCCAGAAAUUUAUUACGCCUGCUCACGACCUGCUACAUUGGCCCUGACAAGCACCAGUUUGUUCCCUCUGCGUGGGAGGAGAACAGUGUGGAAAGUGUGGGCAGUGUGUACGAGAAGCGGCCUGUGGUCGGGGACCAAAUGGCCCGGCCUGUCCUGGACUGUCUCAUCUACAUUGCACACCUGUACGGAGAACCUGUGCUCACCUACCAGUACCUGCCCUACAUUGGUUACCUGGUGUCUCCACCUUCCUCCUGUCGCUUGAACACACGUAAGGAGGCGGGGCUACUGGCAGCAGUGCUCCUCACACAGAAGAUCAUUGUUUUCCUGUCUGACACCACACUGAUGGACAUGCUGAUGAAGAUCAAUCAGGAUGUGAUCCUGCCUCUGCUAGAUGUGCUCACCUCUCCUAGGAUGGGUUUUCCCAGCGGCGUACAGACACGCUCUGCGGUGUGUCUGAAGACCCUCAGCCUCAUGGCCCUCAUUUGCCUGCGCAUCGGCAGGGAGAUGGUGCAGCAGCACAUGGUCGACACCCUGUGCAGGUUCUUCAGAGUGUUCUCCCUGCUACACAGUCUCCACACACAGGUGGACACGGCCCCUCGCAGGGAGGUAGGAGAAUACACCCUGGUGGAUCUGCACACCCCAGAGGGGACUGAGGUCACCUGUGAGCUGGGGGUGCUGGAGGAGCUGCAGGCCGUGUUCAACUCUGAGAUGGCCUACGCUUCGUACAUCCCCUUCAACUGCCUCAUCGGCGAUUCUGCGAUCAGAAAGCUGGUGCCGAACCACGAACUGGUUUGGCACCUGGCGCAGUCUUAUCAUGAGCAGGUCAGCCCAGGUAGCUCUGACCCUCCACCGGCCGCGGGACCCCAGGCGGACGGCCCUAUGUCCCCCAGUCACCUUUCUCCAGGCCUGGGCCGGCUCGCGGGCUGCAGCCCCUUCCCCGCCCCAUCUUCCAGCUCCACCCCCAUGGGCGGAGACCCCCUCCCCGAGUCCGGCACCUUCGGUAGCCACCUGGUGGGAAACCGCAUCCAGGUGGCCCAGGGUUCGGACGUUUGUGGAAGCCCCAACCUGUCCACACUGGACACCUGGGGACGUCAGAACUCCGGCCACCUGCCUCUGGCCGCCAACCCGGGUUCGUCCUUCGCCACCUCCUUCACCUCUGGCUCCUCCUCCUGGGUGCUGGGCCCCACCCCCGAGGACAGCGCUCUGAAGCAGGAGCUCCCGCGGAGCAGCCGCGCCCUCCUGGGCAACUGGCUGGCCUACUGGCAGUAUGAGAUCGGCCUGAACCAGCAGGACCCGCACUUCCACUUCCACCAGAUCCGCCUGCAGACCUUCCUGGGCCACUCCGGCACGGCCAAGUGCCUGGCGCCGCUGGCCGGGGAGGACUACUUCCUGUCCGGCAGCAAGGACAAGACGGUGAGGCUGUGGCCCCUGUACAACCACGGGGACGGCACGCGCGAGGUGGACCCGCGCCUCACCUACGCUGAGCACCGCAAGUCCGUGUUCUACGUGGGCCAGCUGGAGGCGCUGCAGGAGGUGGUGAGCUGUGACGGCACCGUGCACCUCUGGGACCAGUUCACAGGAAAGCAGAUCCGUACGUACGAGCCUCUGGAUGGGAAGAACCCCAUCACUGCCGUGACCACCAUGCCCCCGCCCCACUGCGGCGUGGUGUUCGGCAGCGCGGACUCUGUGCUCCGCUUCAUCGAUCCCCGAAAACCGGGCCUGCAGCACGAGUUCCGACUGGCCUAUAACAACGUGAGCGCGGGGCUGAUCCGCUACCUGGCGGUGAGUCCGGGGGGGCGCACGGUGGCGGCCGGCUUCUCUUCAGGAUUCAUCGUGCUGCUGGACGCCCGAACCGGCCUGGUGCUGCGCGGCUGGCCCGCCCACGAGGGCGACAUUCUACAGAUGAAGGCUGCAGACGGAAACCUGGUUAUCAGUUCCUCCACAGAUCACACACUUACAGUGUGGAAGGAACAUAAACCUCUCCACCAGUACAAGUCCCCCUCCGAUCCCAUCCACGCCUUUGACCUCUAUGGUUCUGAGAUUGUGGCGGGUACUGUGGCCAAUAAGAUUGGAGUAUAUUCCAUGAUGGACAUCUCCGCCAGCCCUGCCAGCUCCACGAAGCUCAGCUCCGAGAACUUCCGCGGGACACUGACCAGCCUCGCAGUCCUGCCCACGAAGAGACUGCUCCUCCUGGGCUCAGAAAAUGGAGCCAUCAGGCUCCUGGCCUAGACUAGUUCCAGGUUCCCCUGCUCAACCUGGGAAUGGCUGAGUGUCUUUCCCCCCAGCAACAGAUUUUUGUUUUCCUGUGCCACCUUUACCCCUUUACCCCCAUUCCAUUCCAGGGAUGGAACCUUCUCAAGCUGUACUGUUUCGGAACCUACUAAUGCCCGACUGGUGUGGCUGGCUUUAGUUUUCUAUUGUAGUUCUCAGGCAGAAAGAGAUUGCACAGUUUUUUCUAGAAUGAUAUGCCAUGUAAACUCACCCAGACAGGAGAAAAAAGUCUCAGUCUUUCAUCUGGAAAAACAAUGUGUUAAAUAGCUAGGUGGCUAAUCUUGAAAAAUUUCCAGAUUGUUAUAUUUUAUGUACUCCUUUAUAUAACUUCUGUUUAGGGCAUUGCAAUUUGUAAAAAAUAUGUUAUACAUGUAUUGUUUGCUAAAUAUAAAGCUGGCAUAGCUAUCAAUGGCUGUAGCUGUCACACCUGCGUUGGUGGUAAGGUGAACUUGGCGAGAAAUAGUACAAGGCAAUUUGGAAGCGUGAUCUUUCAAUUAAUUUGUGAAAUGCAUGCCAAGGAAUAUUAGCCAUUAGCCAUAGCCUCCCAUGAUAUAUCCGACUGCUAGCUCCACCCCCGGAGUUUCAGUUCACCUAGUGGGGCUGUACCAUUGCACAGUUUUUGGGGGGAGCAGUGGGGGGGUGUCAUUUCACAUCUUUCCCAUUUAGAUGUAGAGUAGUUUGUUUUAGUUGUAUUAUUAUUAUUAUUAUUAAUAAGAUACUAAGGCUGAAUGAGAGCUCUUCAGAACAAAUUUUUUAAAUAUGAAAAAUAAACAGAUGAGCACUACUGGUGUAGUGAUAUGGACCUUGUGCAGAGGACCUUGUACAGUCUUUAGCCAGUGACCAAAGUAACAUAUUCUUAAUUGUCCCGCAUGCAUAAGGAAUAAGGAUGGAUUGGUAAAAGAAAACAAACAAUAACAGAAAAAACUGCUAAUUUUUCUUUUUGAUUUUCUUAUAAAGCACUCAAGACUACUGAAGUUGCUGCUGUGGCUUACUAAACGAGCUGCGCAGGUUCAGUCCAGCAUUCUUCUCCACAGGAAGAGGUCAGGAGAACAGCUCAGGAAGGAGGAGCCAGAUUGGGUUCAAAUGUAGCGUUUACACUUUCCAAAUAGAUGGGACAAGAGCACCAAAAAAAACGGGAUUCACAAGUCUGGUUACUUCUGUGAUAGUUCUGCUUUCAUGUUCUCUUAAGUGUACCAGGAACACAAUGACUAUGCAGUAUUUGAAAAUAUAAAUAUCUUUUAAAGUGAUUGCCAUGUAUGUAUACUAAAGAAUUUUCUUGACUAUAUAUUUUAUUAACCAUGAACAAUAAACCACACAAGAUUUUUCACUGGACACUGAGUCUUUCCGCAUGGUUUCGACUCCCAACUGUCGCAGGAGAUGGACUGAGUUUUACUUGAGAUCAGCUCAAGGGUAACUACUAGCGUUGGUGUAGGUCAAGUGAAAACAAACAGAACCUGUAAUUAUGGAGUCGCAUUGUACAUAGAAUUCAGCAGAAACUGGCAUGUUUUGAAACCUUCCCUUUUUAGUUAUGUUUCUCUCAUGCUUGGAUACUUUUUAAUUGUAAAUCAGCAUACAUGCCUCUUCAGGAUUUAUCAUAAAUCUACAAUAAUAGCGGUUGUCUUUGAUGUUUUGACUGUCGGUUAACAGGUUUAUUAGAUAAGGUUCAAGAAUUUGUUUUCAAAUAUCCAAUUUCCAUGUCUAUAAUUACCAUUUACAGGUGUCUGAAUUUUCCUUUUACAGUGCCCAGAACUGAUUUUAUGAAGGUUAUAGCUGAAAGCAGUAAGGAAUUCCAUUCUAGUGACUGUUGAAGGUUUCUAACCUUUCCAGGUCAAGAUGGGCAAUGUAAGUACAUCUUGGUCCCAGAUGGAGAGACAGUCAUAUUGCCAGGGUUUUCAGUAUGAACUUCUGUCUAUAUCUUCUGAAGAGAAGCACAUCUUUGGGCUUUGGACACCAGUCACUACACACUAACAUGUCUCCUAAUGUGUCCAACCUAGAAAUGGCAUUAGAUUUAUUGCACUUAUUUCUGCCCCUUGUGAUAAAAAAAGAAGUCCAAUCAACUAAGGGGGGAAAACUUUUAUUUGGAGGUGUGAUGCCCGUUGGUGCACUGUUAUAUUGAGUCUGAAACAAAGCUUGAGGUGCUUAUUUUACGUUUUACUGCCAGAGAGAGAGCGAGAGAGACGACACAGGCAGCCCAAGUACAAUGAGAUGUGUUGAUUCCUCCAGUAUCAAAAAUCCUGUUUUACUUUAAUCACCCCCUAAUAUUUGUGGGUGAACAUGUAUGUGUCAGUGAAUGAUGGGGGAAACUAUAGCUGAAAGAUUAUAGCGUUCAUAUAUUUAACAAUGUAUACCAAGUAGCCUGUUAAAGACAUUUAACCUUAGGGGACCAGUUGUAUGAGUUGCUUGAAUGAGUAUGAUGCAUGAUCUGUUGAGCAAGUAAUCAGUUUUCAGGAAACAGGAGCUUUCCUGAAAUCCAAAUGAAUCAUUGUAAGAGUGACUGAAAUGGGUGAUUCUUGUCUGUGAAAUACAGACUGUUUUAUUGGCUAUGAUUGCUUCAAGGUUAUUGUGAAAGUAAAAUUGUAGAGCUGUUCCACCCACAUUUCUGAUCCACAUGAUGCUUGGACAAAUCAGUGUCCAGUCAGUUAGGUCAGGGGUGGUCCUGGGGCAUCUCUGUGAAUACUGCUUUUCAGGCCAGUUGAAUCUGCUCUAAUGUAACCUUCUGUAGAUUCGUCUUAAUUUGACACUUUGUGUACUGUUGUAUUACUUGCCUUAUUAGCCCCCAUGUAUUCAUAAUGGCUAUGCUAGCCAUUAUGAAUACAUUUUACAUGUUCAUGUCCCAGGACAAUCAGUCAGAUGAACUAAGGCUUUCAUUUGUGCUGUCUGGAAAAUGAUUUGUUACAUCAUAGACACACUGUUGAAAUGUGUUCGAAAUGUGUUUUCUAAAAGUGUGCACUCCUGGUCACUGACACUAAAUUGGCUAGACAAACCUGUAUUGUGUUAAGAUGAAUUUAAAGAAAAUGUCCUGAAAGAACUCCCAACACCUGUUUUCAGCAACAUUAAUUGAUCGAGAGAUUGGCUUGAACCAGUAUACGCAGGGGUCCCCCAGGGCAGAGUUUGGGGUCACUUGAGUUGGGUGAUAUUCCUUGCUGGGGGAUGUUUGUAUCCCCAGUUUGUCCAAUCAAGUGGAACCCUGAAAAUCAAUGUUAUUUCAAGUUUAGUUUAAAAUUUGUUACCACAUCCAUGACUUUUGUAAAUAUUCCAUGAACUUAUGUCCUCUUCAGUAGGAACAAAGUAGUGGCCUGAUGAACAGCAAAUAAAAUGUCUUAUUCCUCUAUUUCAUUUUAAUGAAAUAAACUAAUACAAUGGCUAUUUUAUUUAUUAACAUGUUUAAUAAAAUACUGCAUAUGCAAAGGU